AUGUCCUGCUUUAUGACUGAAGAAGCCAGAGAGCAGCAACGGUUGAAUAAGGAAAUUGAGAGACAGCUUCAUAAAGAUAAAAGUGCUGGGAAGAAAGAAGUGAAACUUUUACUGCUUGGUACCGGUGAAUCCGGGAAGAGUACAUUCGUCAAACAGAUGAGAAUUAUUCACGGAUCUGGUUACACAGAUGACGACAAACGCGCUUUCAUCGGUCUCAUCUAUCAAAACAUUUUUAUCGCUAUGCACACAAUGUUGGACGCAAUCGAAAAGCUAGGCAUAGCCUAUUCGAACCCAGAUAACCAGGCAAACGUCGAACUUAUUCGUGAGGUUGACGCUGAAUCCGUUACUCAGUUGGAGCCCGAUAAAGUGGUCGCGAUUAGUCAGCUUUGGGCUGAUCCAGGAAUGAAGGAGUGCUACGAACGUCGGCGUGAGUUUCAGCUGACGGAUUCGUCGAAGUACUAUCUUGACAACUUCGAGCGGAUUGCCGAUCCAGCAUUUCUCCCAAACCUCCAAGAUAUCCUGCGAGUUCGAGUUCCGACAACAGGAAUAAUCGAAUACCCCUUCAAUUUGGACUCAACGGUCUUUAGGUGUGCUUUUUCCACUUCAGGACCUGAAAAGGACGCCAUUUCUGCGAGAAAUUUUGUCCUGAAGAUGUACCAAGAUCUGAAUAUCGAUGCUGAACGAACCGUAUACUCUCAUUUUACUUGCGCAACAGCUAUUUGUUCGCAUUUUCGCUCCAAUCCCGUAGAUACGGAGAACAUUCGCGUGGUGUUUAUUGCCGUCAAGGAUACUAUCCUCCAAGCCAAUCUGAAAGAAUACAACUUGGUCUAG